AUGACCGAAGAUAUCAGUGUGACGUUUAUAAUACCGAAAGAAUGUGUUACAGAAAAUGAUUGCUCCGAUGAAAUGAAGCUUGCGUUUACCGCAUGUGAGCAAUACAGUGGUGGAGGCCUUAAAGCCCAAUGGGUUCACGAGGAUAACUGGACCAAAUUUGACGGUUUAACUAAGAAGGAUGUAUUUGUUCUGUCAGAAUUUGAAGGGGAAUUAUAUAAUAAAUUAAAAUCCACAAAGUGCCUGUUAGUGGGCCCUCGCUGUUUGUCAUGUUCUUUAAUAGAGGGAACACCCAUACCUCAAGGACCUGAACCAGUCUUCACAAUAGCUAUGAGAGGCCUAGUGAUUACUGCUAGUGGAUUAACUAAAACAAAAAAGGAGAAUAUAAAACAAAAAGUGCACUGGAUGGGCGGGUUAUACAAUACUGUUCUGACGGAAGAAACUACCCAUCUGGUAUCUGACACAGUACUUUCGGACAAAUAUAUUAAAUCAGUGGAGAAAGGUAUUCCAAUAAUGCAUGAGAAUUGGAUUGAGGCAGUAUGGGAGGCAUCACUGAAGCUCAAUAUCAGCGGUUCUUCGUCAGAUUUCGACUGUCACCGUCUACCAGCCUUUGCCAAUCUCCAAGUCACAACUUCCGGUAUCCCUAAGAAGGAGAAACAGAUGAUAAUGAAGUUGGUUAACGAGAACGGGGGAAUGUUCUCUGGUGCGUUUCAGAGUGAGACCACUGAUGUCGUGGUGUUGACCAAAGAGGGGAUAACCGGCGAGAAAUAUAAGGCGGCGUUAGAGUACGGCAAGGCGUGUGUUCUACCCGCGUGGGUGAAGGACUCUGCGGUUAAAGGCGUGGCGUUGCCCCUAGCCAAGUAUAAAGUGAUGGGUGCCUCCACUUCCUCGCCGCUUGCGGAGCAUCGCUUGCCCGAUAUGAGCUUGAACUUUUCACGGAUAACAAAUGUGAGGCCGCCAAGCAACUUUGUAGAUGAAACUAGAUCUGUGGAUAUGUCGACACUAUCUGGCAGAACAAAGCUGUCUCUAGAGAGUAAGAAGUCAAAUGAGUUCUCUACAAUGGACAAAGACAUUUUGGCGGAGUUUGAAAAGUUUGAUAUGAGUUGCAUUAAAAAGGCUGGUCCUAUCUUUGAUGGAUUUUGUAUCUGGCUGAUAGGCGUGGAGGGCGUGUGCCGCGAGCGCGCGGCGGCGUGCGUGUCGCGCUGCGGCGGCGUGCGCUACGACCGCGCGCACGAGUGCGUCACGCACGCAGUAUGCGGCACGCGCGCGGCGGCGGCGCAGGCCGCGCGUGCGCUGCCCGCCGUGCCCGUGCUGCACGCGCUCUGGCUACUGCGCAGUGUAGAGGCACAGCGCGCGCUGCCCGAAACCGAUUACUUAAUAGAUGUGAAACCGGCCACCCCGGCGAAGUCGAGCGCUCGCAAAGUGCACGUUGAACCCGCGUCCCCGAUGAGCAAGCGGAAUUUGCAGCUGCUACGCCACGUGCCGCUGGACCUGCCACCGCCUACACCGGAACUGCCCGAGCCGCAGGACGAACUCGUCAAUCAUUACUUGAGCCAGAACGUGCCUGAACCAGUGAGAGAAAAGACACCUGAACCUCGAGUGCCUAAUGUAACCGUGGAUCCCCAACAACCAGAUAUCACUGAGGACAUCGGAGAGGAACCUACUGAAGAAAUCGAACAGAUAUUUAGAGGUAUAAAGAUCGAGGUGCAGGGGCUGGACGAGGAGGCGGUGUGCGAGUUGGGCGCGGAGGUGGCGGCGGCGGGCGGCGUGCUGGCGGGCGCGGGCGCGGGCGGCCGCUACGCGCUCGUGCCGCUCGACUUCGACCCGGCCGACCUCGCCACGCCUACUGCCGAGCCCGUCACCGUCUUCUGGGUGAAGGACUGCCUGUGCCAGCAAGAGCUGGUUCCGGUGCAGUACUACCACCGGCCGGUGCGGCUGCCGCAGUGGAGCGGGGCGGGCCCGCUGCACGGCGUAGUGGCCAGCCUCAGCACCUACAGCGGCGUCGAGCGCGCCUUCCUCGACGAACUCGCCAAGCUGCUCGGUGCCACUACUCAGCUGCGCUUCUGCCGCCGCAACACGGCGAACGCGCUCGCGUCCACGCACUUGAUAUGCCCGACGCCUGCGGGCGACAAGUACGCCGGCGCUGUCAAGUGGCAGCUGCCCGCCGUGAAGGCUUCAUGGCUGCUCGCUUGCGCUGAGGCAGGACGACGCGUCAGCGAAAAGGACCACCUCGUUGGCGACACCAAAGCUCCACCAACUCCAGAGAAUUCCCCAACUAAAGCGCAAGCCGAGCCCGCUGAGCCAAUACACGAACAAACAGUCCCGGGAACAGACAAAGAGAACACAAUGUUGCCACCGGCGGCAUCUGAAGUUCCACGACGGAUAUCCGCGCCUAGCAGAGAGGAUACGCCAAAGGAUAAAGGAAAUGAUGGAGACGACAUGUCGCCAGCUUCAAGAUAUAUAGCGAUGGCGCGGCAAGGCCUGCUGGGUUGCGAUUCUCAAGAGACGCCCAAGAGGAUGCAAGAAUUGAAAGAUCAAGCUAGGCUAGGUCCGGAGGCGGUGCAUACGCCACCGCUGGAAGAGGCGCUGUCGUCGCCCAACCUGGCGGCGUUCAGCCCCGCCUCGCGCCGCCGCCUGCGUGCGCUGCGCCGCGGCGAGCCGCCCUCCGGCCCCAUCCGCACGCCGCAGGACCCGUGUCAGUUGCACCGUUACACCGCUACACCACAACACCACAACACCAUAUUGCACCUAUGUCACACUGCCUCGUUGCUCUAG